CGCGCAGCUAGUCAGCGCAGGCCACUCUAUACGACUGAGCUGAGACGCUCCCUUGCUUCAGUUCGGUCACGACUGGCGAGGCGUAUGGACGUGCAGCGCUUUGGUCCGUGAGCUUACUAGCAAAUUUCACGGCUAUUGGAUGGUCAGAGCCUUUACCCUGUCGAAUGGUGACCUCCUUGGUGUGAGAUAGUGAGAGAUCAACAAAGACCAUCGCAGCGGUCCAGUGUUGAGCAAUAUAAUCACGAGAAAAGCAAAAGUGAAAUUGUUUUUUUGUUCAUUAUAAUUAAUCUGGUGAUAUCGAUAUAUUUGUGAACCCUUUUUUUCAUAUUUAUCGGAAACCAAAGAUUUUAUGAGUUUAUCGAGUGUAUCCAGUCAGUGAGACUUAGCCAUAUUUCGUUGUUUGCCUCAUCGGUACGCAAUUUGGCAGACCUUACGGAAAAAAAGGGUAACCAAUUUCCAUACAUCCGAGUGUCUUGGAGACUAUCGUGUUCGGUGAUCGCCAGGGAUUGUCUUGAUGGCCGGAUGGUGAGGUCUAGUGUCCUCCGGAUUCCAACACUCCGGACAGCGGAUUAAAGCCAUCAUAGGAGUAUCCGGACAAGACCCCAAACAAACUAAUCAUGGACCCAACGCAAAAUAUGGAUCUCGAACUUUUCGAGGCCCUGCUGGCCAACAUGCAGAACCUUCCCCAGGGUGCCUACGACGAAGUAGAUGACGACGACGACGACGAUUACGAGGACGACGACGACGAUGAUGAUGACGACGACUACGAUUACGGUGGUCAUGAACACAACAUCCACACCAUGGCCAACCCCUACGGCGGUGGUGGAGAGGGAGCGGGCGGCAUGGCGGGUGGAGAGAUGGGGGGUGUGUCCCUCCCCACUAUGCAGACAAUGAGCAUCCUCCAGGGACUCCUGAACAUGAAUCCUGCUGCCCUUCCUGGAGGCGUCCCAGACAUGGGAGGUGGCAUGAGUGGGCCCAUGAGCUCGGGCAUGCCAGGCAUGGGGGCCCCCAUGGAUGGUGGGGCUGGGAGUUUUCUCUCAAAUAUGCCAUCCUUCUUACCUGCCAUGAACCCAGAAAUGGCAGGCACUCUUGCUGGCGCCUUUGCUGGUGGCAUGAACGCCCUUAUGGACGGUUUUGCUGGAGGCAAUGGUGGAGGUGGAGCCACUGUUCAGGAGUAUGAUGAUGACGAACUUCUCUCUGAUGAAGAAGACGAAGAUGAUGAUGAGGAUGAAGAGAUGGAUGAGAGAAGUGGACUAGGGAGUGUGGCCGUUGCCACUGCAGGUGUGGCCGCUGUGGGUGCUGUGGGAGGGCUCAUGGCUUCUGGGAUGCUAGGCUCUUCACACCCGUCUGUCGGACACCCAGUACACAGUCCUCAUCCUGGCCACAUGCAGCAUCGUGGCCACAGCCCUCUACCAGGACAUCAUCAACAUCCUGGAAAUGCAUUGCUCCCUGCACAUGGUUCUCACCCAGGACAUCCACCUCCUUUAGGCUUUGUGCAUGGUUAUAACUCGGCAGAUAUGUUAAGUCAGCCUACCUCCCAUCCACAUAUGUCACCGAGUAUAGCAGGGCCCAUACCAUCAAUGCACCACACAAACAUGGCCCCGAGCAUCAGUGGAGGAUCUGUGAGAAGUGUAGACCCCUUAGCAGGGGUCUCCAUGGGCUUGGCAGGCAUGGCAGCAGGAGCAGGCAUCUUGGCGCCUGUUGUUAGUAAUCUUCUCUCCUCCUCUGUUGGGAGGUCUUUACCCAAGCUGGAUAAUUCUGACGCCUCCAGUGUAACUCUUGUUGGUGACGAUUCCUUGAACACCUCCACCAAAACCCUUCCACCCCCAGACCAUCCAGCAGACCCUAAUUCUGUAGCUGCAGCUGCAGCAGCACUAGAAAAGUUGCAUAUCUCACCUCCCGAAAAAGAUGUUUCCAAGCCUAUUGCCAAGCUUGGUCCUGCAACCACCCCUAAGAAAGAUGCUCCAAAGGAAAAGAAUGAGGAAAACGAUAGUGAAGGUGAAGAGGAGGAUGAAGAUGAAUCUGAACCUACAGAAGAGGCAGCGAAGCCCACUAGAGUAUCCGCACCCAAGGACGACUUGGAAGAUGACAAGGCCAGUGUAGGGGCUGACUCUGUCCCAGGGUCUGAAGAAGCUGGCGAUGGCAAGUCAGAUACAGAAAGUGUCAGGAAGAAGACGCCAUCGCCUGUCCUUGUUGACAAGUUGGGCAGACUCAGUCCCACUGGAAGUGACUCUUCACCUGUAUUAGAGUCCGCAAGCUGUGCUUCUAUCACUGACUUGGCAAGUGCGACGGAAUCGAUGCGAGACUCUGAUACAGACAAUCACUCAGAUGCUCACAACGUUACAGCCAACUUGUCAGACCUAGACAAUGACAUCCAUGAGACGCAGCCAAAAGUGCGUGCCCCUCCACAGUAUGCAGUCGGAGCUCUCCCUGUUGUUAUUGAGAAACCAACGUUUGGCUGGCAGUCAAUGGUUGGCUUAGACACGGCAAAAGAUGCACUUAAGAACCUCUUCUUGAGUGAGGCUUUCCCAGAAGUGUAUGAGGGCACUCUAGGUACCUGUAAGGGUGUGCUACUAUUUGGACCAUCUGGAUCAGGAAAGACUUGCCUUGCACGAGCACUUGCCAAGGAAGCAAAUGAUGCAGUUUUGAUUGGCAUAUCGACAGGAUACCUGGCGCAACAGCCUCCCCUUGAAGCCCCUAAAAUAGUGCGGUUUUUGUUUGAUCAUGCCCGCAUGCAAGGAUCUGCAGUCAUAUUGUUUGACGAAGUUGAUGCCCUGUGUUAUGAUAGGUCAAGCGAGACGGCACUUCGAGCAAAAGCUGAAUUACUGGCCCAAAUUAGAGGUAUGACGACUCUCAACCCGCCGUACCCGCCUCACAUUGACACAACUACCUUCAACAGUGGUAUCAUGGUCUUGGGCACCACUAACCAGCCAUGGCUCCUAGAAGAUGAACUUAGGAGGAUCUUCACAUACAAUAUUCACGUCAAACUUCCGGGGGAGAAGGCGCGAGAGGAACUCUUGAGAAUGUUCCUGCAGGCACUGCCACAUAAUAUUAAUGAUGAUCAGUUCAAGUGCUUAGUAGCGAAGAGUGAAGGGUACUCAGCGGCUGACAUCAACAAUGUGGUCAGACAGGUGGCACACAUGCCUCCAAGUGAACCAAACAAGUACAUUCAAAACACGCCUCGGGCUGUUACCUAUGAUGACCUCGCCACUGUGAUGACUGACUACAGAUGUAAAUUUACAGAGGAUGUGUCUGUCAAAUACCAGAGUUACAUCAAGGCCGCCACCCACAGAUCGGAAGGGAGGCGGGAAGAUGCUAAGAGUGAGGAGAAGGGUAAGCCUAAGGGCGUCAAGAGGUUCGGCCAGAGGAUCGCCAAGUCCAUUGCUGCCGCGCUCGUUGCUGUGAUAGAUUAAACUGUGUCUAGAUUAUAGUGAAAAGACAGACCCUGGCAGUGGGUACAGUCCAAGGCUGCACCUCUCGAGUUCUGUCAGCACGAGCCAUGGUCACUGCAAGUCGCAGGGAUGUUGUAAUUAGCUUUGUACAGUCUGUCUGUGAUGAACCAUUUUUUUUAUAAUUCGACCUGCAUUGGCCAUGAUCCGGGCUGAGUACGAUAGUGACCCGAAGAGCCUUCGUCAAGUGAAAUGACGAGGCACUUCAUGCGUUGUUGGCUUUUUUAGAGCAAAGUUUCGCAGUCGUGCCCCAGUCAGGGUCGGAAGAACUUAGUCACUCGAGUCAUUUCCUGAUCCCCACCAUCUACAAGCAAACUCCGCCUGCCCACCCGCCUAUCCCUGCCCCUCCGUCGAUAUCCCUCCCGCCCACCACACACCCACAACUCUGCGGGCAGCAGCCUACAACGAAGCCCACAGCCCAGGAUUCCUGAAAGCCCAGCAGCCUACGGUUUGCAAGUGUAAAUAAAAUUUAAUGAGAGAAUAUUUAAAGCCAAGUGAUAAUGGCCUUCAGAGAAAGAGUGAUGUGUCUCCUUGUGUCUUUGUGCUGUUGUGAAGUGCUGAGAAUAAUCCUCUUGAGUGCUACCUAAGUGCUGAAUAUGUUAAUGGUGACUAUUAUUCCUACCUGCACAAGUGCCUUUAUUUGUUAUAUGUGAUCUAAAACAUGUGACUGUGUUCUGACAUCCACUCACUGAGUCUGCUGAUGAGUGCUGAAGUGCUGUGCUUAGGAAUGUUCCAUUUAGUGCUGAGGGUUAUGAUGUGCAAGAGAGUGCUACUGAGGCUGCCGGGUAGAUGUAUACCAUUGGGGAUCAACUACUUUACAGCAUCAUAAAGGUGUGGGAAUUUUAAGAUGCCUGGUCUAUGUUGUACAAAUCUUCUUCAAUAGAUAAUCAUUCAUUUCGCCUAAGUCACGUGAUCUCAAAAGUGCGUAAGCGUUUACUUCCCAUUUUAUAACGUAGAUAAAAUGUGUGUUUUUAGUGAUUUACAGUGAUAAACAUACAAUAAGUUUCUUAUUAUUAUUAUUAUUAUUAUUAUUAUUAUUAUUAUAAUUAUCAUUAUUAUAAUUAUUAUUGUUAUUGCAGUUGACAUGGAAACUAAAAAAGACAUAGAAAAAUUAUUACCAGAGUCAGAAUCAUAGAUGGAGUGACUAAAGGUGACACCUAAAAAAGACUUAUAUGCUAUUCUGGCAAGUAUUUCAUAAUGGGCAUAUGCUCCUAGUGAUUUGCUGAAUAGAGACACUGUUGAGGAAGCCGUAGUAAGAAGCUGUGGGUAAGGGUACAUCACUGUGGCAUUGUUCUGACCUGCUCUUUUGUGCUUGGGGUAAAUUUGCAAAUGGCCUUUUAGUAAUUGUUAGUUGUGGCAGGGUUUUAUUUUUAAUAUACCUUGAAAAUGUGUAAUAUUCUGUAAAUGGAUCUUUUAAAAAUAUUGUACAUUAGCUCUGUUAUUCUGUUACUUUCUCAGUCCGUCCGCUGGAUAAUUGGCAUUAUGUGUAUAUGGCAAUUUUUUUGUACAAGAUCUCAAGGAAGGCUAAAUCCCAAGACAAAGGAGUCGUGUCCAGUUAAAGACUAGCCUUCAAGUCUGUGUGAGUGCUGCCGCUGGUUACACUUAUUGCUGCCUUGUGGUAAGUGGUCACGGUGGGCAGUAUGUCACUUGUAUGACUCAAAUUGAAUUUUUAAGAAAAGUGGCAGUGCUGGUACACCCCGUGAGUACUUACCCUGGCACAAACGGUCCCCAUAGCUGUAUAGUUCUUGUAAUGUUGGUGUCUGACUGCAGUGAUGAUGGUACAGGGCGGUGCUUAUCCUCGGCUGGGGUGGUGGAAUUCAGCUUCUUGCUUUAAUUUGUAUUGUUGGUUCUAGAUGUGAUUUUUAUGAUUUUUUGGUUGGUUACGGUAGAUAUCUAAUGAUUUUAUUUUUAUUUUUUUUAUUUGUUUACUCCUGCUGUUCGGCCUGAUUUUAAGGGAUCCUUCGGACUUUUGAAUGAACAAGUCCCUGUGGAAUUCCUUCACUUUUGGCCAUUGGGUGAGCACCUAACCUGCUUAUACACUAAAUUCAGCUGCCCCUGUUUCGCUUAUUUAGAAAUAUGGAUGGCGAGCAUUCCCCUCCCCUGUUCCUUCCCUGGACCAAGGCUCUGGUUGGCUCCUCACUGAUCACGUCUCGAUAAAAUUAUAAAAUCCUCUUGCUCCUUCAGUCUUCUUUAUUAAUAGAAAUAUGUUGCCACUUUUAAACCUUAGUAAGUUGUAUUUAAUGUUCUUGAGUUCCUGCUUUUAUGUUUUGUCCCAGGAGGAUGUGGCUGUAGGAGCCCCAGGCUGAAGGUCAUGAUAGAUGGCCGAGCUGUACCUCGGAUCAUAUGCUAGCCUACAGAGUAUCUGCACCCCAUACUUCCAAGUGCACCGCCGUUUACAUGUGUGAAAAGUUUACUUUUAAUUUAAAUAUUGCAUUUAUAGAGCCUCUGUUUUAGCCCGUAGCAUUUGUUCAUGCUUAGCUGUUAAGGAUGUAUAACAGACUGUGAAACAGUCUUGUGUGUGAAGUUAAACUAUGGUGUCGCCACAGAUCUUUCUGGGCCGUAUGGGUAGUGUUCCUCCCGGCCUCCCAGCGAUCCCCCGUAGUUAUAAAUGACUACCCUCCGCUCGCCCAGACAAUCCGAGAGUGUUGUUGUUAUAGUGUAGGAGCGUCCUCCCUCUGCUGGGUGUUGUCCAGCUACUCUGGGGGGCUUGUCUCUAGCGCACACGUGGACGUCGCCUCGGCGUCUCUGUCAAGUGAUUAUUGUGGUCAUGAUGUGAUUGUGGUUUGUACCGUAGAAAGAGUAUAUUUGAUCAGAGAUGGCAAUAGAAUUUGUUAUAAAACAUGACGCGCACAAACUUUACCAAGAUUUUUAUUUACAACCACAAAUACUACUGCUACCCCCCACUGUUGGCCUGUAUGUGAGCUGGUGAUGACUGCUGGCCGUCUGCACGUCCUAUAUGGCUUGACCAACGGUGCUGCCAGUGCAAUAAGCGGUCUUUCAAGACACAUGAUGCUAGCAGCUUUGCAAUGUUAAUUUACCACACCCCAUCUCCAUAGAAUGUAAGGAAUACUGUGAACUAAUGUAUUAUGGUGUUGAUGAUGUGUGUGUUUGUAUCGUUUAGUUAUAUGCCUGUUUUUCAUCACUGUCCAGAAUUCUGAAACACGGUUGAGGGGGUUUAAUAGCUCAAACAGUCCAGGGACUUUUCCUAACAAAGUAUACUAAUGAGAUAUAUUUGUAGAGUGAAGGACUAUCUCGCAUGUCCCAAGCAGCCACUCUCGAUCACCCAAUUUAUGUUUAAGAAUUCUGGUGUGUGCUUCUGCUUUAUACUUACCCGCCAAAGGUUGCUUUUUUUAUUCCAGUCCAACGUGUUGAGGUCAGUCAGUCUUUACCCACCCCGAGCCCGUCUUUCCCAGUAGCAGUUAGGUAGAUCUAUUUUUGCCUUGGCUUGUGAUGCACAGUGUGGAGAGGAGGAGGAGGGCCUGGAAGAGAUUUUCCACUGCGUGACAAAGUCUUUUAAGGCUCAAACUCGCAUGUGUUCAGUUUACCAGCUAAGGCCUUCAUGCCUCUCUUAAGUUUCAGGAUCAUAUCCAAAAGAUCGUCUUCCCAGCACUCGCGUGUGUACACCCGAGUGGCUUGUGGCAGUACGAAGAAUAAAAGUUAGAUAUCUCAAUAGGAAAAGUUGAGACUUGUCUUGGCAUCAAUAUAUACCUCGAAGUUCUUAACAACGGUGUUUCGUACUGAAUUAACAAACCUCUAAGUGAGUCGACAGAUUUGUAUGGAAAGAUGCAGGAAGAGGCGAGAUACCACAACUUCCUGUAAUCGAUUUCUGAGAUUAGUGUCAGCAUCCGGGGCACAAGAGCACGGGAUAAUGACACUCAGAGCAACGACAGUGAGAUUGGAACGUUAAAUUUGACCACAUUCAGUAUAAAACAGUUUAGUACCGUCACUUAGUUGUAUGGGGGGCCUACGGAAACUAAUUGAUUGAACAAGAUAACGUAGUUUACCAUAGAUGUCUGUCAGGUGUGUGAAGAGCGGUAAAGAAACUUACCGAGAGAGCAAGGUAAAGGGUUAAUCUGACAACUCGACCUCAAGGGUACAUCCGGCAGCUGACGUACGACAAGUUCCCCUGCGGGCGUCCCCGAGGCCCUGGCUGCCCACCUCGGGUCAGGAAGGUCAAACAGCGAUGAGGAAGCUCACUAGUCGCCUCCCUGUUUUCUCGUAAUUUUUAUUGCCAAAUUCUUGUAACUUUUGCCGAUAAAAUUCAAUUAGAUACAUCCACUUCAUUUGGUAGUUAUAUACGCUGACCGCUCCAAGCCAAUUCUUGUAAUUUGAGGCCUGGCUGGCACGUGUUCAUUAAUCGUGAAGUAGCAGGGGAAAUUUAUUACUUUUUUCUUCUCAAAGACAUCUGUGCUACAAAUAGUUAAAAAAGACAAUUGGUGAGUGGGAAAAGGCAAUCAGCCUUGCGCUUUUCAGUACACACCUGUGUAGGCGUAGCUACCAAGUGUCAUAUUUCUCGGAGAACUGCAAGCUUAUGUAAAAGUAGUAGUCGCCGUGUACAUAACCCGAAUUAAGUGCAUUAAAUAAGCUUUAAAUUUGUAAUAUAUAAGCCAAUAAGUGUGUGCGAGUGACGGAGUAAAAAUUAUUGUUGUUAAGAAUAAGUGGUCACCGUAUUUGCCCAGCGCGAGGGUCGUAGCUGCGUCAGACUGCGACCGAGUGAAAUGGCGGGAGGGUCUUGCCACCCGUCUUCCGUAUUUUCACAGUUCAUAGUUCAUUUUUCUAGCCAUGUAGACGCCCGUUUUCUUUCUUAAAAUGUCAUAUAUUUCAUUCUUUCGCUCUUUUAUGAUUAAUUCUGCUGCUCAGAGGAAUAUAUUGAUGAAGUUCAAACGUUUGCCAAGACUAUUUAGCAUAUUUGAAUAUUGAGUUCUUAACUAUAUAUAUAUAUAUAUAUAUAUAUAUAUAUAUAUAUAUAUAUAUAUAUAUAUAUAUAUAUAUAUAUAUAUAUAAUUUUUUUUCCUCAAAAACACAGCUGGACAUUUUACGUAUGGUUUCUCUGCCACAGAAACGUAAGAACCUUGUAAUCUCUCUUACACCUGCAUGUCAAGCGAGAAACAUCGAGUCAUCCCCUCCCACUCCCGUCCUGGCUGUAGACAGCUGCAGGAGCCCUCCGUCCCUCCGCCCGUACCCUGCUAACCAUCUGGCCUCACAGAGCUGCUUCUGUGGUGCAAGCAGGUUCCGGGGGAUUGCCAAGUGGAAUUAGAUCUUAUCUAGCUAGGAUGUGGUGCCUUUGGCUAGAUGCUGGUCAAGUUUUUAUGUGAAUAUACAGUAUAUGUCCUAGAGUUUAUAUAAAUUUAUUGGUUACAUUCUAUUUUUUGGCGUGUAGAAAUAUAAGUCAGAAGGAUUAGUAUAUUAAACUGAUCACAGCGUUAGAUGUACCAGUCAAGGAAGACAAAAAAGAGUCCCCAGAGGCUGUAUCCCUCACUGACCAUCGCUGGUGUUUUUACAAGCCAAGAGAAUAAACAAAACAAGACCUUCACCUAACUGCUUCCGAAUAUACUCCACACGACACGUUCAUGCAGCGUUUUGUUGAGUUAAUGUUUUGAGGCCGAGGAUCCCACGGCUAGGUCUUCUUUCUCUCUCCGUCGUGCCUUCCAUACGACUUACAAUGUGAUAAAGAUGUGUGAGAGGCAGGUUGGUAUGAAUUAUAUCUUUUUUGUUUUGUAAUUUGAGCCUAGAGUCAAGCCACCUGUAUUUUUUAUUGCCCCCCUCCCCCCUUACUAAGGCGAAGACCCUGAGUAUAAGUGAAGUUAAGGUUUGUUUUACUUCUCUCGCGCUAUACUGAGGCAGGGACAUAUGAUGCAAUAGACUGAUGCCGCUUCAGUGAGUUUUAUCUUGAUAUUGCUUCUAUUUAUCUUAUUUCUCACUCUAUCUAAUCUUCUUUUCUUUCUGUAUACACCCAGUUACCUUUUUUAUUUCUCUCAUUCUCUCACUUCUUGUUUCCGGAGGCAGAUGUGGAUUUUAGCUACCUAUUUUAAUGUUAACUUUCCCCCAAGAAGUUCCAACACGUCUUCCAAGAAGCUAUAAACUCCAGAACCUAUUUUAGCUUUGGUUUUAAUGGUAACGAGUCUUCCGCUUAUUGUUUUUGAGGGAAGAUGGGAGGAUUUGAACCCAUCCAUCUCCCUUAUUGACACACUCGAGUCUUCCAACGAUGUAAUAGUAUAAGUGAUUAAGACAAGAAUCUACUUAAUUUUUCACGUUAUUCAAGUGAUGAAAUUUGUCUACCUUAUAUUUUGUGGGAGCUUAAUUUCAUGUUUUAAUAUUCAUACGCUUGCUUCUAUCACUGAGGGACGACUUUCAUAAAAUACUACAGCUAUUUUUUAUAUAAUGUGUAUAUGUGUGUAAUUCCUUCUCACCACGGGAAGGAAGCAAGUAAUGGUCCACAUCCGCCUAUUUCUACUACACAAUAUUUUUUCUGGCUCACUUUGAAUAUAUUCAUUUUAUGCCUAUUAUUGAUGCAAUACAUUCCGAUAUUAUGCCUUUCUUUAUAUGGUUUAUGAGUCUCGGUGCUUUUUUUUAUAUAUAUACAUACAUUAUUAUGCAGGCCAAGCAUUAUCAUGUUUUAUUUUUCCCGUUUGUUUACAUAAAUCCCUGUUGUAUUGUACCAAGAGCCUGAGUUGCUUGUCUCUAUCUCUAUCUCUCUAUCUCUCUCUCUCCUGCUUGGGUUAUGUCAAAUGAUUCCAAUCUGAACCAAGUUUAUUUUAUAUUCCAAGAUGAAACGGCAAGAAAAAGGGUUUCCCAAAAAUAUAAAUCAGUAGUAAAAAAUAUUGAAAGGUAUUGUUAAAAAAAAGUUCAAUCCGCUCCGCCUUACCUGUGUGAUAAUACUGAUGUAUUUAUUAGACCCUGAAAGUGUAAUUUGCUCUGAACAUGCCCUGUUCAGUCUUUCAUCUGGACGUGUUCUCUCUCCCCUUGAACACGCCCAGUUUACUCUGAACGUGUCCCUAGUUUCCUCUAAGAGCGUCAAAGAUCCCCUCUAAACUCGUCCACCUCUUCUGACAUGUUUACCCAAAGCGCAGUCAUUGUUGUUGUACAUUUGUGAAUUAUUAGAUAGAUAUUUUAUUGUUUUCUUGAUAUUCGGAGGCUAUAAAAUUGGUCAUCAAGAAUCCCUAUUCAAGAUAAUUGGCUGCCAUUAUUGUGUUUGUUUUUGAGUGAUAUUGUGUGUGAAUAAAUUGUUGUGCAGAGCAGCAUCUGGUGUUACUUCCGCUCGUGCGCAUGUUCAGAGCAGAUUGCGUCUUUUGUUUUUAGGUGGGGUCUGAAAUACGCAACAGAAACUCUACGCCAAUCCAAUGUAGGAUCAGCUGGUUUAAUAAACGUUAUUUUAUUAUUGCCA